CAACCAUCUAAUUGGUGUCCACCUUAGCCGUUCAAUAUUAAAAAUCUGUAAUUAACAACAAUGAGAGUGAUUAAAUCCAAAACGCACCUAUCAUUCUAUCUUGUGGGUGGGGUUAUUAUUAAUUAGCUACUGCUGGUUUAUCAUUGAUUAAUAUUUCCCGGUUUCCUUUGUUUUCAUUAUCUCGAUCCGUUACUGAUCAGUAUUAAUUUAUGUUUAUGAUGUGUAAUUGUGAGUCAAUUCCCAUCCUACAGAUCACUUAUUCUAUAACACAUUCUGAAUUAAAACAAAAAAAAAUGGAGAAUUGGAGAUGCCACUGUACUGCUACUGCUAGCUGUCCUUUCUGUUUUGUUCUCUUCUUCUCCAUUCCUCUUUUUAUAUCCGCAGACCACAAUUCCAUCUUUGAACACUCGGCUCUGCUAUGCUAACACACAACUGGUAAACAAGAAAAGAGGGGAAAAAUCAAUCUGAAAUAUACCGACGGAAAUGCGUCAAAUAGUCAUAUUAAAAGCGGUCUGGUCCACUCCACCACCAAACACUAACCAUCAACGUUGCCACAACAACCACAUCCAAACAAAAUUUCCCUUCCUUUCAUCUCCACUAAAGGGUGGGCGGGGAUUAUUCGGUUUGGUUCGGUUUAGAUUUGAAUCAAAACCAACGUAGGAUGAAAUGAAAAAGGAAACCAUAUUCAAUUCAAUUCUGUUCGAUUUGGUUUAGAAUCGAAUCGAAAUUAAAUUACAUAUUCAAUUCGGUCUCGGUUCUCAUAAGCUAAAAACCUAACCAAAACCGAAUCUAACAAAAUAUUUAUCAUCUAUCUCCCUUUUUUGUGAUAUAAUCUCACUCGGCGAGCCGUUGUCCUUCUCUCUUCCCCCACUCACCCAACUGAACUGAUCUUCCUUUUUUAGCUCUACUCUACCAUUUGCUUAAUUCAAUUCCCUCCUCCUCUCUCUCUCUCUCUCCCUCUCUCCAAAUUAAACCGAAUUCCAGAUUUCCGGCGAUGUCCUCCGCCGCAGGAAAACCAACGGUCCACCACAACAGCAAGCUCAAGCAGGGGAAUCCAAAUCCAAACACUGCUACUACAACCAAGACGACGAAGAAGAAGAAGAAGCAGCAGCUCCUCUUCGGAGUCUUCAGAUCUUCCUCAACCUCCAAUUCCUUCUGCGGCUGCGGCCUCUCCGACGUCCACGACCCUGCCUCCUCCUCCAAAUUCACCGUCUCCAGAACCACCACCGUCCCUCCUUCCCCUUCCUCCAGCAUCAACAUCCUCGCCUUCCUCCCCAAGCACCCCAACUCCCCCGCCGCCGCCGCCGACGACGAAGAUCGAGAUCCGUCGCGCGCCGAUUACUCCUCCUCCGUCACCAGCACCACCACCGCGACGACGACGACGGCGACGUCCUCCACCUGCUCCUCCUCAUCCUCGUCCUACGAGAGCAGCAGCGCGGCGGAUCGGGGGAGAUCGGCGAUCGGGAGCAGCAUCGCGGUGGUGAAGGACUCGGACGAUCCGUACGAGGAUUUUAGGGAUUCGAUGAUGCAGAUGGUGGUGGAGAAGGGGAUUUACAGCCGGACGGGACUGGAGGAGCUGCUGAAGCGGUUCCUGGAGCUGAAUUCCCCCUGCUACCACACCGUCAUCGUUCGGGCGUUCACUCAGAUCUGGAACGAGGUGGUGGUCGCCGCCGCCGACGUCGUCGGCAGGCAGCAGCACGGCACGUGCGGAGGCCGCUGAUCGGAGAAUCUCCAGAUCGUUUGGCACGUGGCGGGUAGCUGGCAGGGUCGACGCAUAAUAUAACGUGUGAUCAAAUUCCCCCCCUCGUCUGAAAAAUGAUCGUUUCUAGGUCUUCUACUAUAAGCAGGAAAUUAGCUAGCCGUCCCGUUCUAGUUAGUUCAGGUUUUUUAAUAAUGGUUUAUACAUAGUUACUUUUGUUUUUGAAUUUUUACCGUGCAAGAUUGAUCGCUUUCUACGGCUAGUAAAAAUUUCGAAUCGCAUCUAAAUAUGCAUAAAUUGUGUGUGUGGGGAUCCUAAGUUGUGUUUUUUGGUUUCUUCCUGUCUGGUGCGAAAUACUCCGUGUUUGUGAAAUCGUAUUGUAACGAAGCCUAAUUCGUGAAGCAGCAGGCGGUGUCUGUGUGGUUGAAACGAAAGUGGUUGUUGGCCUGUGUUAAUUUCUUUCUGCGAUUGCUUGCCCCACUUCUCUAAUGCAUUUCCUUCUUCCCCAUGACAAUUUUGGUCAAAAGAUUCUCUUGUUUUCUAUAAUUAUUCCCGUUUUGAUGAAUGGUUAAUGAGUAUAUGUUUUCAUUUUCAUCUUCCGUCAUUCCCAAUAUAUUGUUGGGGUUUUGGAUACCAAAGUCAAUGAAUUAUUUCCCUAGUCAUGGUUUGGACCGUAGUAGAUCGAAUUAACGUUUGAAUUAGAU